AUGGGUACGAUCUGCGACGUCGUGGAAGGAAUUUACAGUAGCAUCCCAAAAGACUUGGACCAACCCUCGCGACUGCGGAGGCUUUCGCGGCGAUUAUUCGAAGGAACAGCCAGCGAGCUCGUCGCGAACGUGGAUAUGACACUCGACGAGUAUCUCGUUGCUCUUACAGGCCGCUGGGAAGCUAUUGGAUUUCUUCUCACCCUUUUGGGUAUUUGCGCCGCGCACACAACAGUCGACGACCCGCCGUUCCGCGGCUUUGGCUUCUCUGCUACCGAUCACAAAAAUCUCGGAAUUCUGGCCACUGCUGGCAGUAAUUUAUGA